CUGAGGUGGAUGAGGGGCAGGUCGGCUCCGCCCUCAUCCAGAUGUGCUCCUCGUUCCUGCCUCCUCAGUCCACUGCUGGCUUCAGCAGAGUGCGCAGCCUCGGGAAGUCAACAGGAGGAUACACGGACAGCAACACUUGAAGUGUAAACAACGAGGAACUGCCUGCUGUAUCAGAGGUAUGCAAUCGGCAGGAUUUUACUCGAUCUAAUGACUCUGUCGGUAAUCCGCGAAACCUGAGCGGUGCGUCGGAGCUGCGUCCCGGAGGGUUUGGAUUCACCUGGACUGGCUGCGCCGCAGAGCUGAUGGAGAGAGGCAGGGCUGAGCACAGAGCUUCAUCCACUCUCUGCUGACUGGGAGCGGUCUGCUCUCACACGACCAGCUUUUUUGAAGAGAUUCGAGUUGCUUUUUCUUCCUGUAGACACAAUAACCCGUUGGAGAAAAGAAACCAUUUUUUACGGGAAUGGGAAUGUAACCGGUGUCCACAUGCGUCUGGAAGUGGCGUGAGGUUACCUCCAGCUUGAGAAGAGCAAACUACAGGGGCGUGUGGUUAAUUGAAAUCGACCUGGUGGUCUCCUUUUUUUGAAUGUAAAGAAGCAGCAACAGAGGUUUCUUUCUCCUCUCCUCUCCUCUCCUCCUCCCCCCUUCCUCUCACCUCCAACAUGACUUCACUGUCGGGGACUAAGGAGAGGUCUGUGAGCAGCAGGAGCAGAAAAUAUGGGAUGCCCGACACCUCCCCAACCAAAUCUGCCUCCUUUUUCCCGGAUACAUGGUACCGAAAGGCCUACGAGGAAACCACCCGCUCCAACACUCGUCCCGCCCCCGAAGGUGCUGGCUCCAUGCCCAGUUCUACAGGCACCCCUUCCCCAGGAUCAGGGAUCUCCUCACCAGGGUCCUUCUCUGGAUCACCAGGGACCAUCUCUCCAGGGAUUGGGACAGGAUCACCGGGCUCCCUAGGUGGCUCCCCGGGGUUUGGGACAGGCUCGCCGGCUUCAGGCAGUGGAAGCUCCCCCGGUAGUGAAAGAGGGAUAUGGUGCGAGAACUGCAACGCUCGGCUGACAGAGCUGAAGCGACAAGCACUGAAACUGCUCAUCCCUGGACCUUAUUCCAGCAAGGACCCAUCAUUCUCACUCCUCGUCCAUGACAAGCUUCAGGUGCCCAACAGCUCUCGGCGAGCGUGGAAUGAGCGUGACAGUCGGUGUGAUGUCUGCACCACUCACCUCACUCAGCUCAAACAGGAAGCUGUGCGAAUGGUCCUGACUCUCGACCAGUGGGAUUUGUCUCCCACCUCUUCCCCUCCACCCCUGACUGGACGAUACGGAUCUCAAGGACCUCCGGGUCCAAUGGGAGCAUCUGGAGCACCAGGAGGCCCUGUGUCACGGGAAUGGCCUCCUCCUUUUCUUCCGUCCUCGUCCUCUUCAGCUGCUGCUGCUGCUCCUCAUUCAUCCUCUCAGUCCCCUUUCCCAAGCCCCAGUCAGACCCCAACACCAAGCCCAAGCCAUGGACCGUCCAACCCCAGCCAUGGGAGUCCUUCAGUGGGGCAAACAUCCAGCUGUGCUCCAACAAACCCACAGCCUCAAGGUGCAGGUCAUCGACUGGGGUCCAAGCCCAGCUCGCUGGGUCUUGGAGGUGGGGUGGACAGAAGGAACGGGUCCUCCAGUUCAGGAAAAACAGCCGGUGCCCAACAACAGCCGGUGACUGCAGUAAACAGCAGCCCCGGUAAUAAUGGUGGAAGCAGCAGUAGUAAUGGGAGUGGAACUGUACUCAGUACAGCAGCUUUGCAGGCACACCAGCACCUGAACCGAACCAACGGAGGAGUUACACUAUAUCCUUAUCAGAUCUCCCAGAUGAUCUCGGAGGCUUCUAGAGAAGGACUGACUGAAGCUGCUUUGAACCGCUACAACACAAACUCUCCUUCCCACACAAAUCCAUCGUCACACACAAACUCUCCGUCUCACACUCCAGCUGUAACCACCACAGCCCCAACCACCACCUCCGCCGCUGCAUCUUUCUUUGCCAGAGCUGCACAAAAGUUGAACUUAGCAUCCAAGAAGAAGAAGCAGAAGACGGUGGCAGUCACAGCCCCAGUGGCGUCAUCAUCACUAUCAUGUGACCCACAUUUGUUCCCCACCAACUUCAGCUCCGCCCUAUCGAUGGCACCUCCUCCGGCUCCACCUUGCCUCCUCCGUGCAGCCAACAAGAUCAAAGAUACACCUGGGCUUGGAAAGGUGAAAGUGAUGGUGCGUGUCUGCCCAGUGUCUCAGUCUGACGCAGCAGAGUCCAGCUCUUUUCUGAAAGUGGAUCCCAGGAAGAAACAAAUCACAAUCAUGGACCCUUCAGCAAAUCAGACUCCAAGUGCUGUUUCUCAGAAGAGAGUAGGAGCCAAUCAGGUCCCUCCAAAGAUGUUCACCUUUGAUGCUGCGUUUCCUCCUGAUGCAUCACAGGCGGAGGUGUGCGCAGGAACGGUUGCCGAGGUUAUUCAGUCGGUGGUGAAUGGAGCAGAUGGCUGUGUCUUCUGCUUUGGACACUCCAAGCUGGGUAAAUCCUACACAAUGAUUGGCCGGGACACCUCUCUCCAGACUCUGGGUAUAAUCCCCUGCGCUAUCUCCUGGCUAUUUAAGCUCAUCAAUGAGAGGAAAGAGAAAACAGGAGCACGUUUCUCUGUUCGCGUCUCCGCUGUCGAGGUUUGGGGAAAAGAGGAGAACCUGAAGGAUCUGCUAUCUGAAGUGGCCACAGGGAGUUUACAAGAUGGACAGUCACCUGGAGUCUACCUGUGUGAGGACCCUAUCUGUGGCAUGCAGCUCCAGAACCAGUCGGAACUUCGUGCCCCGACGCCAGAAAAGGCAGCCUGGUUCCUGGAUGCAGCAAUAGCAGCUCGCCACAGCAGCCAACGCCCCAACACCACAGAGGAAGAACACAGGAAUUCACAUAUGCUGUUUACAUUACACAUAUACCAGUAUCGUAUGGAAAAGACAGGAAAAGGAGGGAUGUCAGGAGGUCGCAGUCGCCUCCAUCUGCUGGACCUGGGCAGCUGUGAUGUUAAAGUACUCGGAGGUGGAGGUGGCGGGAAAAGCAAGGAGAACUCCUCACCCAGCUCGGCCCCUCUGUGCCUUUCUCUGUCUGCCCUCGGCAACGUGAUCUUGGCCCUGGUCAACGGGAGCAAACACAUCCCAUACAAGGACAGCAAGCUGACCAUGUUGCUAAGGGAGUCGCUAGGCAACAUGAACUGCCGGACCACCAUGAUUGCUCACAUCUCUGCCUCACCCAGAGAUUUCUCAGAAACCCUCUCCACCAUCCAGAUUGCUUCCCGGGUCCUCCGCAUGAAAAAGAAGAAAACUAAAGUGACUGUGCAAUACACCUCCAGCUCAUCUGGAGGAGAAAGUUCUUGUGAGGAGGGUCGCAUGCGUCGGCCAACCCACCUGCGGCCUUUCCAUCACCGUGGCGACACCGACUCUGAUCUCCCGUUGCUGCGACUAUCCAGUGACCCUGACGAAUACUCCAGCAGCGAGCAGUCAUGUGACACUGUGAUCUACGUGGGCCCAAAUGGAGCUGCGGUGUCAGAUAGAGAGUUGACGGACAAUGAGGGACCACCAGAGUUUGUACCGAUUAUUCCUGCUUUGCUUCGAGGAAAAACAUCAGAGCAGCAUCAAGCACAAAGUCAAAGUCAGGCAGCUGGAACACAGCACAAGGUGCAGUGUCAGCCAGACGAACAGCCCAGUGGCCCCUCUCAGCCUCAGCCCUCUCAGUCUCUGCUCGGUCAGCCGUUGGCCCCUGUCCCAGAGGAAGGAGCUGAGUGUCUGAAGUGCAACACCUUCGCUGAGCUGCAGGAGAGACUGGACUGCAUUGAUGGCAGUGAGGAGGUGGCAAAAUUUCCCUUUGAGGAGGUUCCAGCAAACAAACAAGGGACCAAACAAGAGUCAUGUCUAUCUUCAUCUGCUCCUGCCUCUGCUUCUGGUUCUGCAGCUGUGUUGGAUACGGAAGACAAAACAGGCUCUGCUUGUGCUGUAGGAGGAGCAUUGCAGGUCUUCUCCUCACCAGCAGCAGCAUCCAGGAGGAGGACCAAUGACCAGCAGCUGCAGGACAUCAAGGAGGUGGUGGAGGAGGCUGAGUUGGCCCAGACGAUGAUCCACAGCCUUGCUCAGAGUUCUGGAUUCCCUAUAGUUACUAGUACCAGGAGUGUUACAGGCAGCAGCAGCAUCACCUCGAACCCCCUGCACAGAGCCAAGAGUUCCCACUUACAUGACAGCCAUGAGAGUCUGAACGUGGUGGGCAGUAAUACUGACGGGAAGACACGUCCUCUGGGUUCACCGCGCCUCGGCAUUGCUAGUCUGACCAAAACCUCAGAGUACAGACCUCCAUCCUCCCCAUCCCAGCGGUGUAAAGUGUACACUCAGAAAGGUGUGAUGCCGGCAACACCUCCUCUGUCCUCACACACUCUGGCUCAGGACGGCCAGGCCACAGAUGCUUUGACCUCAGACAACAGUUUGGCUGCAGACAGUGGCCGUUCCUCCACAGAGUCUCUGCUGUCCAGGACUUCUCCUGCAGGCAUGAGCCCACAGAUCCGAGAGCCAACUCCAUCUCUGUCUGCUAGCCUGGGCUCAGCCGAGACACUUUGUGAUGACGACGUACCACCGAUACCUUUGGAUACGCACAAGGAUGCCUCAGGACCAGCGCUGUCUGUAGGAACAGUUGGACCUCUCAUGCUCGGGGAGGAUGAGCUGGUAUACACUUUCGCUACUGAAGGCGAUGAGCACCUUGAUGUUGCUGAGAUGCAGGGUUUUGCCUGUCGUCCAACGAGCAUCAUCAGCUUCAACAGUGACUGUGGCUCUGCAAUUGCCCUCGUUUCAUCUCAGCCCGUCAGCGUUAUCAGUGGUGCUGCCUCAGACGGAGCCGUGCAGGAAUAUCAAAUUCCUGCAACCACCUCAGGAGUUACAGAGGUUGUUGCCAUGGCAGAGGUGGCAAUGGCCAAGCUGCGGAUAGAAGGUGAAGCCUUAGCAACAGGGAUGUCCAACUGUGGUUCACCCAUCUCCUCCUGGAUGAGUGAUCUGAGCAUGGGCAGUGAAGCCGAUCAGUCUCUCCACAGCUUCAGUCAGUCACAGAGUCAGCAAGGGGAGGCACUGGCUGAUCCUGAACCCAACCAGAGCUUUGGAGUAGAAGGUUACGAGAGCAGCGGCAGCCCAAGAAGAGGAAGUCUGGAAGGAGAGCUGGUGCUGUCAGAGAACCUGAGCGAUAAAGGUACUCCAACCAAAGACAGGCUGAGAAAGCUUCCUCCCUCAAUGGCUAAAACAAACAUCCAAAUUCUGGCUGGACCUGGAAACAUCUCUCCUUUCAAGAGCACCAUCAGCGUCCACCCCUGUGUGGCUGUCAAACCAAUGGUCAUGCAGGAACCCAGCAUCCUCUCCUCACCUACAAGGACCAGCCUAAUGAAAGACCCAGUCAAAUCCAAUGCAGCACUUUUAGCUUCUAUUUCUAGCGAGAUGAGCUUUGAAGACCCCUGGUUGAAACGUGGUACGGAGGAGGGAAGGAGCAGGGAGCUUGUGUGCGAAGUGAAGCCAGAGAAGAGGGAGGUCGAGCAGUCAAAGAGCCACGCAGGAGAGAGGGCUGGGAGUGGAGAGUAUCGGAGCUCCUGCAGGGAAGGUGGGGAUCAUGGCAGCUCUAGUUCAGGUGGAGAAGUGGCGUCAUCUCCAGACUCCUUUAAGAGAGUGGUGGAUGGCUGUGAGAUGGUCGCUGUUGUUGUCCAAGGUGAAUGCCUGACUAGCAUCUACAGCCCAGAUAUCCACCGCACAGCGAGUCUGCCCCGCGGGUGGCACCGCCUUAAUCGACACGAUGGCUUGGACAAUGGAAAUGAGUACCGUAAUCUUGGCGUCACCACUUCAACUCCCUGCAGCCCUCGUGCCACACUUGACCGCUGGGGAUCAAAUGGAAAACAGGCUUUUUUCUCCCACAAGAAGGGGGGGAUCCCACCUCUGCCACCGGUACGAAAGUCCAGCCUUGAGCAGCGAAACAGGGCAGCCAGUCCUCUCCACCAGCCCAGCCAUGGAGUCUCAUCGCUGGGGAGCUCAGCAGAUGAUGCAGCGGUGUCAGCAUGUGGCUCUGCAGGAGCUAUUCGGCAGCGAGGCUCCAGCAUCGACAGCAGUAGACUCUUCAGCGCCAAGUUGGAACAGCUUGCAAACAGAACCAACUCUCUGGGCCGAGUCCACAGCUCGCACAGUGGUUCCCAUCACUAUGACUGCUUCUCCCUGGAGAGAGGCGAGAGUCUUAGAGGAGGAGGAGGAGCGAGGGGGGACAGCACCAUGCCUCGCACUGGACGCAGCCUCACCCGUGCCGGAUCAGUAUCUUCUCCCACUGGUAACAAUGGCAGCCCUGGUUUUAGUGGCAGUCCUGGUCCGAGCAGCACUCCACAGUCACCAGCCAAGACCAGCAGCCAGUCAAAGAUCUCAGCGGUCAGUAAGCUACUGAUGACCAGCAGUCCUAAAGCCAGGAGUCUAUCUGCCUCCAGCACCAAGACGCUGAGCUUCUCUACCAAAUCUUUAAGUCAAACUACCAGCCGCAGCUCCAGCCUUCCUCCUAAUGGAAAGCCCCAGAAUUCAGUCCAGGGCCCUCUACAGCAGCAGCAGCAGCAGCAGCAGGGACCCUCCCCCGGAUCCUGGUCUACACAGUCUCUGAGCCGCAGUCGAGGGGGAAGCUUGACUGCCAAGCUGCCUCUCCGGGCUGUAAACGGUCGAAUCUCAGAGCUCCUCCAGGGAAGUGCAGGCUCCCGUUCUAGAAGUCACUCCCAGGGAGGAGGCACAGAUCCAGCAGACGAACGAGGAGUUGGAGGGGCAAGUGGAGGGGGAGGUGGAGCAGGAAGUGGUGGAGGUGACGGUCUGGGAGAGGAGAGAGCAGCAGUGGUACAAACUCUGCCUUCUCCCUACAGCAAGAUCACAGCUCCCAGAAAACCACACCGCUGCAGCAGCGGCCACGCGAGUGACAACAGCAGCGUACUGAGUGGUGAGCUCCCCCCGGCCAUGGGGAAGACGGCCUUGUUCUACCACAGUGGAGGCAGCAGUGGCUACGAGAGCAUGCUGAGAGACAGCAGCGAAAACACAGGAAGCACCUCCUCUGCUCAGGACUCCCUCAGUGAGCACAGCUCUGCCACCACCUCCUCCCGACGGAGCUCCAAGAGCAGCAAGAAGAGCCGGAGCAACACAGGUCUGCAGCGUCGUCGUCUGAUCCCGGCACUGACUUUGGACUCUUCUUCUUCAUCACCUUCUCACCGCUCCUCCAAACAGGCUAUCACUUCCUCUUCCUCCUCCUCCUCCAGCCCCGGUGCAUGCUGGGUAGAUGGUCCACUGGGCCCUCCUGCACCCUCAAACCUACGAGGCGCAACUGCGACAACCGAAACCUUUGAGAUCAAGGUGUACGAGAUAGAUGAUGUGGAGCGACUGCAGAAGAGGCGGGACAAAGGAGGGAGUAAGGUGGUCUAUGUCAGUGCCAAGCUUCGUCUGCUGGAGCACCGCCAGCAGCGAAUCAGUGAAGUCCGAGCCAAGUACCAGUGUCUGAAGAAAGAACUGGAACAAACCAAACAGUACUUGAUGCUGGAGCCGCACAAGUGGACCACUGAGUUUGAGCUACAGCAGGUCUAUGAAGUGGACUCACUGGAGUAUUUGGAAGCUCUGGAAACUGUCACGGACAAACUGGAGACACGAGUCAACUUCUGCAAAGCUCAUCUCAUGAUGAUUACCUGCUUCGAUGUGUCCUCAAGGCAUCGGUAGACAGAUGGAGGGACGCAGAGUCAGACAUACAGCUGGACUCAAUUAGUGUUGAUGUUUGGACCUUUUGCCCCCUAAUUAAUCCAACACAUUUAGAAAAUAUCUCUUCAACAAAUAAAUCGCAUUGGAUGAAGGAGGGGCACAGGGAUGGACUGACUAUUUGAUCCUGUAUGUCGCCUCCUCCAGAUGUAGGUCAGCAGAAGGACAUACAGAGAUAAGCAACAGACCAACAGACAGAAGAGCUCAUAGAUUUUUUUGUGUUGGGGUUGAAAACAAUCCCAGAAACAGACAUUAAACAGCAUCUAAUGGACACUUUGAAAAACCAAGUGAUCAGCGAACAAAUAUAACUAGACUGCAAAGAAGCCUCUCAAACUGGGCAUUUAGGAAUGUAAGGAGAAGAAAAGGAGAAAGACAAACAGAAACUGCCAUUUUCUAAACACGGAAGGACAAAGGAGAACUGCAAGAGAAGAUCUCUCAUCGUUUUGGAAGAGCACUUUUUAAGAGUUUACAUAGCUGAGUCAUGGCUGUAAAUAGAGAGUGCUGACAACAGAGUGGCCUGGUGUUGUGCAGAAAGACAAGAGGACAAAGAAAAUGAUUUGGAUAAGUGCCUUGUGAACAUUUCAACAUACCAAGACCAAUUAUUUCUCUCUGAAUUUGUGAGUAAGUAUGGUGCUAGCAUAGAAAAAAAAGCCCACAAAAGAUCAGUAUCCUUGGAAAAUCUUUUAGUUUAUGGUCAUUUCUAAAUGUGAUGUUUUACUGUGGGUCAGUGUUUGACUAUAUGAUAAACUAAUAAUGUAUGUUUCAAUGUAUGGUCUUUGGUGCAUCGACGAGAAACUAAAAUGUUUUGAAGGAGACCUGCGGAACGUAACACCAAGUCCUCUUUGAAACCAUAAAACUGUUGCAAGGACCAAAAAUCUAAAUUGAAAAACAUACACAUCUUUUUUCCAAGAGUUAUGUGUGUUUAAGCCGGAAAAAAAGAGAGAUUCUUGUCGUGUCGUUUUUUUUAUCUUGACUUUACUCACAAACAUCGGAAUUUUGACCCUCUGUGGCAUUCAUACACUAUCUCCCCUGAUACAGAUAUGAUGGCUUUUUCAUGUUCACAAAGCAAUGACAUGUCUGAGUCACACAUGAGUGGAAAUGAAAAUGUCUUCUCUGAUCCAGUGUUAAGUACAUCCAUCGACUGACUGACAGGCCGACUGUCUGUUCUUUGUAACUGUGUUGUUCUGCUCUAUUCUAGAAGAAACCGAAUGAUUCGUCAAUGUGUGUGUUUUAUAAUAAGGUAUCCUUUUUUAUUUGAGUGCAAUGGGACCAUGUAGAGCCUAUUUAUAACAAUAGGAUAAUGAAAAAAGGGUAUAAAGAGAUAUUUAAAAAUAAAUAAUGAGGACGGCACAGGUGCUGGGUACACCCAGUGAUAGAAAGUAUUUAAAUUUCAUAUUAUUGGAACAAAGUGGUGAAUUUAGUCUGAAAAUACGUUGAGAUUACAAUUAUGGGUUGACUGAGUAGUCCCAGCAUUGUGUCCCAACACUGUAAAGAAACAAAUACAAAAAUAUAUAAAGAAAUGAAAGAAAAUUCCUGAAAGAAAAGGUGAUGGCCGGUUUAAAAGGCACAGAUCUCUGCCUGGUUCCAUUUUUUUGGGAUGGAUAGCAACACUUAAAAUUUGUUAAUAUUAUUAUCUAUGGUGCUUGAGAUGUUUAUGAUCUAAAUGUUUGUACAAAUAUAAAUAUAUGGAAGAGCCUGUUUCCCUCUGAAAUACAGAACAAAAUGCUUCAAAUGCUUCUUCUACAUCGCUGCCAUCAUGUCUGUUGUUCUCAGUAUCACCACCCUCUCCUCUGAGUGGCUUCGCAAGCAGAGAGCAUUCUGGGAGACGCUGUUAAUAAUCUCUGAGGUAACAGACACUGACUUCAGAGGAGUGGAAAUGCUGUAAUGACAUCGGUAUGAUUUGUCAAAAGCGUCGCGGUGCUAAAUUUAUCUCUCUGCUAAAGAGCACAAACGCUGUUUUGUUCCUCUGGACGGACGCAGAAGCAGAAAAUAUGCAGUUAACUGUGUGAGGUUUGAUCUUUGCAUGGCUGUGUAGAGAAGUAACAGCUUUUCAUUUCACGUGGCGUCCACCUGCAGGGACAGACAGGAGAUGAUCCAGAGGGAAAUUACCCCAAACGCUUUUGACAAACUGGACCUACAAAGUGUUUCCACUAGAGGCAGCCUCGAUCAUUUUCCUGUUUUUAUCUCCCAGUUCACCGUGCAAGUCAUGAAUGAAAGUUUAUUUAUUUGAGCUGAAGUCGCUAAUUAAUGUUCUUAUUUAUUUACACCUUAUGAUCUUAAAAAGUUACUAUGCAUUUCAGAAACAGAAAAAUUACUGUAUAUACUUCACUGAGCCCAUGUCAUAUAUAAAUAUAUAUACUGUGCACAUAUCAUAUAUGCGCUCAUUUUUAUUUUGUAUAUUUCUUUGGGUUGAUUUCAUUUGCUCCUGUUUUUCCUCUUGGGGAUUUUAAUGGGUUUCCUAAAACAUUCAUCAGUCGUGUGGCUCCAGAACAACAGUGGAUUCGAUACAAACCAGAAAUUCACUGUGACGGUUAAUGUGUUUUUUAUACAUGUGAAGAAAAAACAUGUAGUGUGAAGACAGCUGUGUUGCUUUAAGUGAAACGCCCGUGUCUUCUACAGUGUUACAGCCUUGUGUAAUCAGCAGUGGAUGUUUUGGGAAGCCCAGCCUCUGGACGAGCUCACGGCCUGUACUGUCCUGUCCAGUUAGAAGAUGCUAUGUGGGAGGUUUCCUUCCUGAUGUGUCACUGCCAAAUCUGUCAUGGUAGCGCUGUAUAAUUCAAGCAAUAAUUGAAAAUCUCAUGGAGUUUUGGUGUCUGCAUAUUAUUUAUAGGAAACAUAUUAGUCCUUAUAAACUAUGCAGAGUGCUUUAAAUCUGAUAUUUCGCCAAACAGAAGAUGUAAUGUUAGGUUUAAGGACAAACAGCAAAAUAAAACAUGGACUAAGGAACAAAUUGACAUAUAUGCUGUUAAAGGAGCAUUCAAGAAUUAUAACGUGUUAUCUGGAAACCUGGCGCAUAGCAUCUUUAAGUUCUUAAGGAGUACUGUGUGUUAAAAUCUGAGUCAGACCACAUUUACCAAAAACAGAUGUUCUCAUUGGUAUUAAGACUCAACUUUAGUCCCUCUGAAGACAGAGAUUGGAAAAUCUCCAGAUAACUGAUUAAAACCAGUUUUCUGUUUGUUCUGAGAUGUACCCUUCAUAACUGUCCUUGGUAAUUCUCUUAGGAAACAGCUCCACUUCAUCAGUGCAAAUGAAAGGAUGUGACUGUGUAUGAGCUGUUUCCAUGAUUCAAGAUUACACUGUCCUCUGCAGAAGUACUGUUUUUGAGAGAUGUGGUCUGACACAUUGUGUUGAUGGAGGAGUUAGAUGGAGGGAUGUAAAUAAAGGAAUGUACUGAAAGAG